CUCAUCCGCCCGCGGUGACCGCGCCGCGUCGGCUGCCGGAGCCCCGCCGGGAUGGAGAGGAAGAGCGCGGCUGCCCGCGGCUGCCCACGAGAUUCCCGCUGACGCCCCCUCGCUCGCAGCUGCCUUCGCUCGUCACCGCAGGCGCCUGAGGUCCCGGGCAUUUCCAGGAGUGACAGCCGCGAAAGGCGACCGGACCCCCGAGACCCCGCGCUCAGGACAGGAAUUCCGGGGGAUUUGACUGUAACAAAGUCCUUGGUAAGAUUUUCAAGAGCCUUGAGUGCAACUGCAAAAAGAAAAUACCUGCUUCUCAUAUAAAGAUUGCCUUUUAGGUGAAGAGCUACCCUUUUAGAAAAUUUCAAGGAUACCAUAAGAAUAAAAGGCCACGCAAUGAUAGCCACCGGAGGCGUGAUAACCGGCCUGGCUGCCUUGAAAAGGCAAGACUCUGCUAGAUCUCAGCAUCACGUCAACCUCAGCCCGACACCUGCUGCCCAAGAGAAGAAGCCUGUCCGCCGGCGGCCCCGGGCUGAUGUCGUGGUUGUUCGUGGCAAAAUCCGGCUUUACUCACCAUCUGGGUUUUUCCUCAUUUUAGGAGUGCUUAUCUCCAUUAUCGGCAUUGCUAUGGCUGUCCUUGGAUAUUGGCCCCAAAAAGAACAUUUCAUCGAUGCUGAAACAACAUUGUCAACCAAUGAAACUCAGGUCAUUCGGAACCAAGGUGGCGUGGUGGUGCACUUCUUUGAGCAGCACUUACAUUCUGAUAAAAUGAAAAUGCUUGGCCCUUUCACGAUGGGAAUUGGCAUUUUCAUCUUCAUUUGUGCUAACGCCAUCCUUCAUGAAAACCGUGACAAAGAAACCAAAAUCAUACACAUGCGGGAUAUCUAUUCCACAGUCAUUGACAUCCACACUCUGAGAAUCAAGGAGCAAAAGCAUAUGAAUGGCAUGUACACUGGUUUGGUGGGAGAAACCGAAGUACUACAGAAUGGGAACUCCUGUGCUUCGAGAUUGGCAGCAAAUACGAUUGCGUCUUUCUCAGGUUUUCAGAGCGGUUUUCGAAUGGACAGUUCAGUGGAGGAGGAUGAGCUUAUGCUAAAUGAAAACAAGAGUUUUGGGCAACUUAUGCCUCCUCUGCUCUCUGACAGUGCUGUCUCUGUUUUUGGCCUCUAUCCAGCUCCUUCCAAAACAACUGACGAUAAGACCAGUGGCCCUAAGAAGUGUGAAACCAAGUCAAUUGUGUCAUCUUCUAUCAGUGCUUUUACAUUGCCUGUGAUCAAACUUAAUAACUGUGUUAUUGAUGAGCCCAGUAUUGAUAACAUCACUGAGGAUGCUGAUAAUGUCAAAAGUAGGUCAAGGAAUUUGUCAAUGGAUUCUCUUAUGGUCCCUCUGCCCAGUGCCAAUGAAUCCUUCCAGCCAGUCAGCAUGGGGCUGCCAAGGAAUAAUUCUGUUGGGGAGUCUUUGUCAAGUCAGUACAAAUCCUCUGUGGCCCUGGGACCUGGGGCUGGACAGCUCUUGUCUCCUGGGGCUGCUAGAAGACAAUUUGGAUCUAAUACAUCCUUGCAUUUGCUCUCAUCACACUCAAAAUCCUUAGACUUAGAACGAGGUCGCUCCACUCUAACGGUUCAGGCAGAACAGCGUAAACAUCCAAGUUGGCCUCGACUGGAUCGAAGCAACAGCAAAGGGUAUAUGAAACUAGAGAACAAAGAGGACCCAAUGGAUCGGUUGCUAGUGCCACAGGCUACCAUCAAAAAGGACUUUACCAAUAAGGAGAAGCUUCUUAUGAUUUCAAGAUCACAUAACAAUUUGAGCUUUGAACAUGAUGAGUUUUUGAGUAACAACCUAAAGCGGGGAACUUCUGAAACGAGGUUUUAAUGUUUAAAAAUAUGUCAUUUUACAAGGAUAUAUAUUUUAAAACUGUUUUCAAUGGUGGUUCCUUCUUAAAACUUUGGUUGUAAGCUUUUUAAAUCCAAUGUUUUGUAGUGUAUUAGAACUGGCUGCUUCAUUGUGUAAUGGAGAUGGUUGUAUGUUUGGAUUGCUUAAGACUGCAGUACUCUGUAUUAUCACAUAUGGUUUUAUUCUUGCAUUCCUUUGAAAGCAUGAUCCCUUUUAUUAAUAGGAAUACAAAAUACUUGUAUCUAAAUUGAAACUCUUUUUCUUUACUUUUUACGUUCUUUCAUUGAUUUGUGUAUUUAUAGAAUGAACUGUCCAGUAUGAAGAAAAUAAAGUACCAAAGUAUAAACCAGAAGUACCAAAUUCAGGGCAAGUAUUCAAUGUAUAUUUAAAAAUCAGUAUAAGUGCAAGUCUUAGGAUGUCAUUUUCUGAAUGACGUAAGAUUAUUUAAAAGGAGAAAUCUCUGAACUUAAGUGAACUAAAUAAUAUAAAGUGGUUACAUUGGUUUACUUUGUGUGAGCACAAUACUGUGAAUUGGUUAAGUUUAUUGUGACCCCUAUCCUAAGCUCUAGGUAGGUAGUAAUUUUUUCAGCAUCAGUACUAUUUUAGUGAUGUUUUACCAAGAAACCUUGUGAUCAACAGAUGGCUGAGAAUGCCAGAAACACAUAAGGGAUAAAUAUCAAAAUGCUAUUAGUUUUAACUUAAUCUAUUCAGAAUAAAAAAAUUCUUUGGAAACUGACUUGAAAAAUGAAUGAGCCUAUACAUUUUGUAGAAAUGUUAUCUUGAUGUAAUUAUAAAUGUGAAGUAAAUGAUGACUAAUGAAGACACAGUAUGUGCUAGUUAAUGCUAACUAAUCUCUACCUUUUUCUAGCCAUCUGUUAUCUAAUAUCCACUCAUUCCCACAUCUUGUUUCUCUCCAAUAUUUUUCAUAUACUGUUAUUUAGAAACUAAUCAGCUAACCUUGACAUUUUCUUUUUAUCUUAAUAUGCCACUAGCUUGGUGGUUCAAGAAAAUAUUGUCCUAGAUAAACUGCCUUGAAAUUUACCUUCUGCUAGAAAGCCUUAUGAUAACUCCAAAGACUUUCUUCUUGUGUAGUAUGUUUUUAAGAUUGUGGUUCUUGGUUAUUGAAGACAAUAAACAUGGAAAUGGAUGUUUCCAUCAAACAUUUUCACAUUCAACUAAGAUAACAAUUCUCAGAAUUGUUUAAUGAAAUACUCAGGAAAUUUUACAGGUUUUUUCCAAUGUCUAAGCACGUCUGCAUAUCAGUAUUGCAGUUGAGGAAGAGCAGAAGGAAGGUAUGUUGGUACGUGUAGCUCCCCACAGUCCCAACCUCCUGUUUGCAUCCUGAGCUUCUCUCAACUAAAGGCACACUGUUGCUUGUUAGAUCAUCAAGCCUGUGUAUUGUAAUAGAAUGGGCUCGAUAUUUUACUAUGAAGCAUUUAAUAAACUUCCGUUAUUAAUAUAA